AUGGCCGAAUGUGGACGCCCUCCAGAACUGGACUUACACUUACUGGAAUGUCCUAUCUGUCUGGAGCGACUUCAGAAACCCAAGUCCUUAUCCUGUCUCCACUGCUUCUGUCAGGAAUGUCUCGGGACAUACAUCACCAAGGAGUUGCCCGGAAAGAUGGCGUCAGCAACAUCCUUCCCUUGUCCUGUCUGUAUGAGGGUGACCUCGCCUGUCAAUCCUGUGGAAUCUAAGGACAAAUGGGCAGAACAUUUCCCUACUAACGCUGUGAUCAAGGACCUCAUUCAGCUCAAGGAACGAUCGUCUGGACCACUAUACUGUAAACCAUGUCAGACAAAAGGUAACAUGACUAAUCCAGCCAGAUUCUGGUGCAAAAAGAUGGACGAGACAUUUUGCGAGGCGUGCAAGAUACAGCUACAUGAUAACAUACACAGUGACUGUGACAUAUUGGAUAUCAGCGGAUGUGGCGGAGUGCGACCAAAUCAGGAAAAGUCAGCACCUCGAUGUGACCAACACGAUGAGAAAAAAGUUUGGUAUUGUGAGGACCAUCAGCUGUUGGGAUGCAACAUAUGCAUUUUCAAAAAUCACAGACGUUGUGAUGAGGUAACAACAGCUACAGAGUAUUUUCAGAAAUUAAAAGAUGAAUCACGGCUCGAAGACAUGCAAGACAUGCUAAAGAAAAAUACGGAAGUUAUUGACUUAAUAGUGAAGGACUUUGACGAACAGCUUCAAAAUCUGGUACAGAACCAGGAAGUCGCACUACAGAGUAUCACCGAUCUACGCCAAAAGGUCGAUAAACGGCUAAACACGCUACAGAAGGACGUCACAGACAAGUUGAUCGCGUCGUUCAAAGAAGAGAAGAUAAACAUGGAGGCGUCAUUACGGCAGUGUGAACGUCUGAUGAAUAGUAUGCUGAAUACCAUGAAGUCGUCCGUUACCGCCGUAGAGAGAAAUGACCACAUUGAGACGAUAGUGUUGUACCAGAGAGGACAGGCAGAGGUGGAGUCGUGUAAGGCCCUGAUAACGGAGAUGAGAAAAGUCGUACAUGUCCGUCAGCAUUAA